GAAAAUAUCUGCGUAUCUCGAGGGGCUAGCUACAAUGUUUUUCUAUAAGAACCCCACACACCAAGCUCCACGCGGAGCCGGGGAAAAAAAAAUCUCGCUUUCGUUUCGCGUAGCGCGAGGAGUCGGAGGGAAGCGAAAACUCGCGAAAGGGUCACAGUUUCCCUCGGAGCGGAGGAGAUGGCCGGGAAGGGAGGCAAGGGGCUGCUCGCGGCGAAGACGACGGCGGCCAAGUCGGCGGAGAAGGACAAGGGGAAGAAGGCCCCCGUCUCCCGCUCCUCCCGCGCCGGCCUGCAGUUCCCUGUUGGCCGUAUCCACCGCCAACUUAAGCAGAGGACUCAGGCAAAUGGUCGUGUUGGUGCCACUGCAGCUGUCUACUCUGCUGCCAUCCUGGAGUACUUGACCGCCGAGGUUCUGGAGCUGGCUGGGAAUGCUAGCAAGGAUCUGAAGGUUAAGCGUAUCACCCCUCGCCACCUUCAGCUGGCCAUCCGUGGAGAUGAGGAGCUUGACACCCUCAUCAAGGGCACCAUCGCAGGUGGAGGUGUCAUCCCGCACAUCCACAAGUCCUUGAUCAACAAGUCAUCCAAGGAGUGAGGGGCUUUUAUAAAAAAAAAAGGAGUGAUGGGCUAGAGAUGAUGUGCAUCUUAGUUUAAACUGGACUUCUGUGUGCCCUUGUGUUGUAAGUCCUAGUCGUCAAGUAGUUUUUAGUGGAGCUGUCUGGUUGAAUUGAUCCUUCUGUGUAUCGCUUUCCUGGUGCUGCUUCUGUUAUUUGAACAUCGUGUCUGUGUUGAGUCGUUAACUUCAGUGGUGCAAACCUGGAUGCUUAUUUAGUUAUUUGCGACUGCCUGUUACUUCAGUUCAUGUCA